AUGAGGUCUACAUGGCUUAACUUACGCAAGGCUGUAACGGAAAUCAACAAUUUCACGCAAUUACUCUACAGUGAAUCCGACGAUGACGGAGAGCAACCUCAACCAGCGUCUCACUUAUCAGAGGACGUGCAUCGACUUUCAUACGCAUCUGCGACAUCGGAUAAUCAACAAGAGCACGAUCAAAGCGGAUUGGAAUCUGCUGAACAGCGCAUGCGUAUGAUCAAUACACUGGGGAAGGCAUCGGGUGAUAAAAAUGAUGACGUUUUGGGCGAUUUCACUGCUCAACUUAUAUCACAAUAUGAGCAUGGAUUGCAGCAGGGUGGAGGAACUUUUGACAAAUCACCACUCGCUAAGGCGAUGCCGUCGAGAGACAGUAUCCGUUCAUCAGCUUUUCAAGACGUGGAUCGUAUGAAAAUAUUUCAUUUCGGUGAUUUGGAAAACGAGUCUGCUGAUUCUGCAUCGUCUGUUGCCGUGUCUGGCAGGUUGUACAUUCUAUACAAAAUGUGUCUCACCCUCGAGUCCCUGUGGAUGGACAUUGAGGGUAGGGUGCGCGACGCUACAGGGUCGCCCAUGUUCGUGCCCCCAAUGCAGCGACCCAGUUGUUGGCAGAAGUGCCACAGCGUCCACAACGAACACACCGAGAAAAUACUGUCUUGGCUGGAGCGGUCCCUUCACACUAUGGCAGUGCUUUCACGAACAAUGGGCAUCGAUGCUCCCCGCAUUUACGAAGGGCCUAGCGUCCUGCUUGCAUCGGUGAAUGAAGCCGAACCCAUUGCUGCCGGGGAACGAGACCCCUCAUCGCAUUCCAGCACCGCAGGCGGGGCUCAAGAGGAAACUCCUGGGGAGUACAUGCGGCUCAUCAAGUACAUAUCUAAGAUGCAGACCGACCACGACCGAAGGGUGCAGAAGCUGCAGGCCACACAGGACGCAGCACUAGUGAAGGCCACAAAAUCGGCAGAACUCGAAAAACAGGUAGAAUCACUGCAGGAGCGCAUUGCGCAAUUGGAAGAGCAGCUGGCAGAGAAGCGUGACGAAGUCAAGCAGCUCACCGACUCCCUGCUCAACGCCAACACUGUGAACACGCAAUUGGUGCAGAAAAACGAGCAGCUUAUUGCGACGAAUCAGAGGUUGUUAAUGACCAAGAGCGAUUUCUUAGACAAGGAUACUGUCAACAACAUGAUUCAACAGUACUACGAGCAGGAGCGCGCUGGCAAUCAUCGCCGCGAGGACAUAAUUAGGAUUCUAGAGAGCAUGCUUGGAAUCGAACCGCCUGCUGCCACGAACCAGAUACCUCAAGUAGCGAACGCUCGUACCCUUGCCAGCCAGUUCAUAGAAUUCCUCGACGAGGAAACGUGA